CGAAAAGCACGCGCCUUUAUAAUACUUAUUUGAACGGUAUUAGUUGGUGUUUCAAGGAGAAAUUAAUUUCAUUAUGUCUACACAAGAAUGGCUUGUUUUGCUUACAGUUGGAUUUUUAUUGAAAGAGAGCACAGCUGCAGUCCAGAUUCGGAUCCCUAAUUCGCACAUCACGGUAACAUCAAACGGAACUUCAUGGAAGGACUCGAAAAAGUCAAAGGACUGGACUGCAGAUAAGGUCAAAGAUGGUAUUGAAAAUAACCAAGGCAGUGCUGACGAUUGUGGAUGUUGCGCAGCUUUACAAAGACCGGCAUGGGUGCAGCUGACACUGGACAAGACUUAUAUCGUGGAAGAGAUUGUAGUUCUGGGGCGUACAGAUAUUGUAACCACUCAGUUUGACAACAUCAAAUUGUCACUGGGAAGACAGAACAAGUCUCAUCAGGACGGAGCGCUCAAUAUUCAAAACCGGUCUGCGAGGGCAAUUCUGGCUCCUCCAAGUGAACUAGAUGUUGUACGAGUUUCUGGUGGCACGGGACAAGAUAUCGAUACCUAUAUGACUAUAUGCGAGAUAAUAAUAUACCGACAAGCAGAGUGUCUACCCGGAAAGUACAGUGUAAACUGUUCCAAAGAGUGCCAUUGUCUUUCGGGACCAUGUGAAAGUGUCACGGGCAAUUGUGUGACUGCUACAUGUAAAGACGGCUGGAGAGGACUCGCAUGUAAUGAAACAUGCGAUCAAGGGUUAUUUGGUUUGAACUGCUCCUCAGAGUGUCAUUGCCUACACGGUGCCAACUGUAACCAUGUCGUCGGUAACUGCUCGAAUGAGCAAUGUGAGCCUGGGUGGACUAACAGUAACUGUAGCGUUGCCUGUAAACAUGGUUUCUACGGACCGAGCUGUUCUAUGGAGUGUCACUGCGACAAAUGUAAUCCCGUCAAUGGAUCGUGUGUGAUGUCUCUUCAAUGUCACGCUGGGUACAGGAUGGAAAAUGGUUUCUGUAAACCCCACGAACAGAUAGGAGGCAGUACAACCUUUAACGCGAUUGGAGUUGUUAGUGGUUGCAUCGUAGCUGUUGUAAUCAUAAUUGGAAUUACUUUUCUAACCGUAUAUUACAGGCGACAACAACUUCAUGCCGCCAAAGGACAUUCUAAAUUAUCUUUACCGGAUCAGAUAGAGGCACGUUUCAACAAUGGAUUUGAUCAUAUCAAUCGGACUAAUGAUGGCAAAAACGUCUUAGUACAAUACAAAGCGGAAGUCGCAUCAAAAAACGUCUGCCGAUUAUUUUCUGGCAAAGAAAAUCUCGUUCCCUGUGAUGACAAUGAUUAUUACAGCUUCAGGACACCACUUGGCGUUGGUAUAAAAAUCCAUGAACUCUGGGACUACAUUCACGAGAAGUGUCAAAGUUCAACAUUCUUUGAAGAAGAGUUCAAAAAAUUCAGAUGCGGGCUUAUUCAUAAGCAUGAUGUAGCAUCGUCCGAAGAAAACAGAGGAAAGACCCGCUACAAGCAGAUGUAUGCAUACGACCAUAACCGUGUGCCCUUGACCAAAGAGAUUGAUGGAGAUUCCGAAUAUAUCAACGCAAGCUAUAUACACGGCUUUGAAAAGGCAAAGAAAUUCAUCGCGUCACAGGGGACGACAGAGAAAAAUUUAGUUGACUUCUGGUCUAUGAUAUGGCAACAGAGAGUAGACAAGAUUGUGAUGCUGACAAAUUUGAUUGAAAUGGGAACGAUGAAAUGCUUACAAUAUUGGCCCGAGGAGUUGAAUAGUGUGUGCAAGUACGGACGUAUUGACGUCAAGUACAUUGAUGUCGAGGAGAUGUUUGAUUACAACAUCAGGACUUUCACAAUCAAGAAGGGACAUGAUGCCAGGCUGGUAAAACAGUUUCAUUUUAAGUCAUGGCCAGACAAAGGUGUUCCUGACACGGCCUGGUGCCUAGUAGACUUUUGGAGAGCGGUGAAUACUCAGGAGGAGCACCAAUCACCAAUUCUUGUUCACUGCAGCGCAGGUGUUGGGCGAACAGGAACAUUUAUUGCUCUCGACAAUCUUAUUUCACAAGCGCAAAUUGAAAGCUGUGUAAGACCAUUCCAGAUUGUCGAAGCAUUACGUGAACAAAGGGUCAGCAUGGUUCAAACAAAGGAACAAUACGCCUACCUACACGAGGCUCUGGCGGAAGCUCUCCUGGUGGGGACACACCACGUGAUGAAAAGACAGUUCGAAAGUGUCCACCGGUUCAUGAACGCAAAAGAUAGUAUUUCGACACUCACCCGACUUGAAAAACAGUUAGAAUUGUUAAAACAAAGUGUUGAAAGUCGUGGGAGACAUUUGCAACUAGGGGCAAGACCGGAAGCAGAAUAUGGAAAUAGUGGACCACACGUGACUGAAAUCGAUGUAUAUCGACCACAACAGCAAAGAAAGAGUGAACCACCAGAUGAAAUUAAUAUCCAUACAUUCAAUGGACUUACGGGAACAAUUGUGCUUCGCAAACCGAACGAACAACAGCUGCCUAUGUUUUGGUCUCGUCUCAAAAAGCUCGGCUCGAAAACGUUGAUUGAUCUUGCUUCGGGUGAUAUCGAACUGAAACACCUACUUAUAAACAGAAAAGACGGGACACAUGCAUUAAAAGGCCUAUCUGCUAUCAAAGAGGAACACAAAAAUGGAUUUGUUGAAAUAACGUAUUCCAUGACCAACGAGACUUUCCGCGACAAAACGAUAAAACACUUCGUGCUGACUUCGUGGAAAGAAGUAGAUAUACCGACAGACAAGAAACCAUUGCUUGAGAUGAUAGGUGCGGUGUACACCUGGCAAUCCGAACUGACAGAGGACACACCGAUUUUGAUAUUGGACAGUUGUGGAUAUCGGAAAUGCGGAGUCGUCGCCGUUUUAUUGAACGAGAUUUAUCGCAUAUUAGAACAGAAUGGGCGGAUCAACAUUGUACAAUCAGUCAAGACGAUGGUGCACGAAAAUAGCCUUCUAAUCCGCAGCAAGAUGCAGUACAAGUUCUGCUAUGAUGUGAUAUUGGACUUUGUUCAACAGCAAGGGGUUUAUCAGAAUUAUUAA